GUCGCCGGGAGAUGUAGUCAGGUGACGCGUGGGACGCCGGGAGAUGUAGUCAGGUGACGCGUGGGACGUCGCCGGGAGAUGUAGUGCGGUGACGCGUGGAUGCCGGAACUUGUAGUUCCUGAUGCAGCGCACUUGUUCCGUUAUGGAGAAGAAAGUGGUGGAGAAGAGAUGCUCCGGGGAGAUGGAGGGGGAGUCCGGGAGAGCCAGGACCCACAGUGACAGUGGGGAGGACUCUUUGGACACCCUGCUCACCCGACUGCCGCUCACUCCGUCUCUGUCACCCCGGAAACGCACCACCAGCCAGAGUAAGACUGAGCCUCCAUUAUUGCUCACCAGUAAGAGGACCAUCUACACGGCUGGACGCCCUCCCUGGUACAAUGAGUCGGGGACCCCGUUCAAGGAGGCCUUUGUCAUAGGGCUGUGCGGGGGCAGCGCGUCUGGGAAGACAACCGUAGCCAAUAAGAUUAUAGAAGCUCUGGACGUGCCGUGGGUGGUGCUGCUGUCCAUGGACUGCUUCUAUAAGGUCCUCACUAAGGAGCAGCAGGAAUUGGCCGCCAGGAAUGAGUAUAACUUCGAUCACCCCGACGCCUUUGACUUUGACCUGCUGGUCAACAUCCUGCGCAAGCUGAAGAAGGGGAAGAGCGUGAAAGUGCCGGUGUAUGACUUCACCACGCACAGCCGCCGCAAGGACUGGAAAACGGUCUAUGGAGCCAAUGUGAUCAUAUUCGAAGGAAUUCUUGCUUUUGCCAACAAGGAGCUCCUCAAGCUCUUGGAUAUGAAGGUCUUUGUAGAUACAGACUCGGACAUUCGGCUGGUGAGGCGGUUGAAGCGUGACAUCACAGAUCGAGGCCGUGACAUUGUCGGGGUGAUCAAGCAGUACAAUAAGUUUGUGAAGCCGGCGUUCGAGCAGUAUAUAGAGCCCACUGUGCAGCUGGCAGAUAUAGUGGUGCCCAGAGGGGGUGAGAACUCUGUGGCUGUGGAUCUCAUAGUGCAGCACGUGCACAGUCAGCUGGAGAAGAGGAUGCAGCGCUGGGACAUAGCGGCCCUGGCUUCUGCUCACCAAGGGCAGCCUCUCCCCGAUACCCUGAGCGUUCUUCAGAGUACCCCACAAGUGCGUGGGAUGCACACGAUAAUCAGGAACAAGGACACCAACCGAGACGAGUUCAUCUUUUACUCGAAGCGCCUGAUGCGUCUCCUGAUCGAGCACGCGCUGUCUUUCCUUCCACUCAACCCGGUCACAGUGGAGACCCCACAAGGAACAUUAUAUCAGGGCAAAAGGUUCCACCGUCAGCGGAUCACAGGGGUGUCUAUUCUGCGAGCUGGAGAGACCAUGGAACAGGCCCUCACCGCUGUGUGUAAGGACAUCCGACUAGGCAAGAUCCUGAUCCAGACCAACCACAAUACAGGCGAACCAGAGCUCCAUUACCUACGGCUGCCCAAGGAGAUCAGCGAGGAUUAUGUCAUUCUGAUGGACAGUACCGUGUCAACCGGGGCUGCUGCCAUGAUGGCCAUACGUGUCCUCCUGGACCAUGAUGUCCAAGAGGACAAGAUCUUCUUAAUUUCAUUGUUGAUGGCAGAAAUGGGUGUACACUCCGUGGCGUACGCAUUCCCGCGAGUCCGCAUCAUCACCACCGCUGUGGAUAAACGUGUCAACCAGGAUUUUCAUAUCAUCCCGGGCAUUGGUAAUUUUGGUGACCGCUUCUUUGGCACUGACGCACCUUCUGAAUGGUACGAGAGCGAUGAAUGCAACAUGGAGUACUGACCGCAGUUAUGUGCCGAGACCCACAGGAUCUGCGGGUGAACCCUCCACUUAUUUAUUAGUUACUUGACCCCACUCCUGGAUGUUCUUGAAGCUGAUUAUAUGGCCUACCGCUGCAGACAUCAGUGUGUACCGCUGCCCCAGCUCUCUGUAUCCUGCAAAAGGCAGCCAUGAAAUCCUAUCCUUCCCUAUAUGAACAUCACACAAUGGCCACGAUUAGCGUCUGGCGUAUAGCACUUAUACAUGAUCUGUCAUGGAACACGAUGUGCCCACAGAGCAUGCAGUUGCACAAACCUGCCGCCCUGCCCCUUGUUAUUUUAUGUCACACAGAACUGACAACCGUGCUACACCAUAUUGGACUCAUUACAGGCAGUCGCUCUUUACGCAUCACGUACCGUAGGCAUUCCCCAUCCGAUUGGUGGCAGCAGCUUUCUUAUUGCAAUAAGUAGGGUGAGACGCCCACCCGCUAUCAGGGAUAAGAGCUUCUUAAGAUGCAGUUUCAGGGAUGGUGCCAUGAUGUGUGUGACACAGUCACGGACGAGCAGCUGUGCAACUGCUUUUAACCCUGCAACUUUCUGUAGGAUAAUAAAUUGUAUGUUUUAAUAUUGUUUUCAAGCGAC